GGGCCGCCGUAGUCAGCUGCUCGGAGCAGGAAGUGUCCCAGCUGCAGGCGGAGACUGCACCAUGGCCCCGGACCCCUGGUUCACCACCUAUGACUCUACUUGUCAAAUUGCCCAAGAAAUUGCUGAGAAAAUUCAACAACGAAAUCAAUGUGAAAGAAGAGGUGAAAAGACACCUAAGCUCACCUUGACAAUCAGAACGCUGCUGAAGAACCUGAAGGCAAAGAUCGACAUUUUGAAGGACUUGCUGCUGAGAGCCGUCUCCACACGUCAGAUAACACAACUGGAGGGGGAUCGAAGACAGAACCUGCUGGAUGACCUUGUCACCCGAGAGAGACUGCUGCUGGCGUCGUUUAAGAAUGAGGGUGCGGAGCCAGAUCUCAUCAGGUCCAGCCUGAUGAGCGAAGAAGCGAAGCGAGGAGCGCCCAACCCUUGGCUCUGUGAGGAGCCAGAGGAGACCAGAGGUUUGGGUUUUGAUGAGAUCCGGCAACAGCAGCAGAAAAUUAUUCAAGAACAGGACGCGGGUCUUGAUGCCCUUUCCUCUAUCAUAAGUCGCCAGAAGCAGAUGGGCCAGGAGAUUGGGAAUGAGCUGGACGAACAGAAUGAGAUCAUUGAUGACCUUGCCAACCUUGUGGAGAACACAGAUGAGAAGCUGCGCACCGAAGCCAGGAGAGUGACCCUGCUGGACAGAAAGUCAACUUCCUGUGGGAUGAUAAUGGUGAUUUUAUUGCUGCUCGUGGCUAUCGUGGUCGUUGCCGUGUAUCCAACCAACUGAUAGCAAUAAAGGGACCACCCGCUGUGACACCUGCCAAUGAAGAAUGAAAGCCCGGCCCCCUUUUGGUAUACAACACCUGCUCUCAAUAAAUUUUCCACCGCUCCAG